AUGUCGGACUUUCAAGUUCCAGAUGCGAAAGUAUCUAAGCUUUCACCGAAAGGCUUCGAAGUCUCCAUACCCCAUAAGAAGGGCAUAACACUUUUCGCUUUCCACGGACAAUUCAACGAGCCAAUCCGUAAUCUGAGCGAACAUGAGUGGGCCGCAGAUAUUAUCAAGCAAACCGAUGGCCGUUGGGUGUAUACAAAUAAGGAGAAAAUAGUUGAACCCGGAGAUACUCUGUACUACUGGCUAACUGUGCGUGUUAAAGGAGUGGACUAUCAUGCAAUGCACCAAACUUACAAGUUCGGCCAAAAGUGGCGAUUUUUCUCGUGGGAAUGGUAAUAUUUUAAAGAAUCCCAUAAAUAUAUAAAAAUAAAAA